AUGGCGGAGUAUGAUCUGACUACCAGGAUCGCUCAUUUUUUAGACCGGCAUUUGGUCUUUCCGUUGCUGGAAUUCCUCUCGGUAAAAGAGAUCUACAAUGAAAAAGAACUUCUCCAAGGCAAGCUGGAUCUUCUCAGCGAAACAAACAUGGUGGACUUUGCAAUGGAUGUAUAUAAAAACCUCUAUCAUGACAAAGAAAUUCCACACACCUUGAGGGAGAAAAGAACCACAGUGGUGGCCCAGCUAAAGCAGCUCCAGUCUGAGACGGAACCCAUAGUGAAGAUGUUUGAAGAUCCAGAGACUCAGAGACAGAUGCAGUCCACCAGAGAUGGGAGGAUGCUGUUUGAAUAUUUAGCAGACAAACAUAGUUUUCGUCAGGAAUAUCUGGAUACACUUUACCGCUAUGCCAAGUUUCAGUAUGAGUGCGGAAACUACUCUGGAGCCGCCGAGUAUCUCUACUUUUUCCGCGUGCUUGUUCCCUCCACAGACAGGAACGCUCUGAGCUCUCUGUGGGGCAAACUGGCAUCGGAAAUCCUCAUGCAGAAUUGGGAGGCAGCCAUGGAGGACCUGACCCGCUUACGAGAGACCAUUGACAACAACUCUGUGAGUUCGCCUCUUCAGUCGCUGCAGCAGAGGACGUGGCUCAUACACUGGUCACUGUUUGUCUUCUUUAACCACCCCAAAGGCAGAGACAACAUCAUCGAGCUCUUCCUCUAUCAGCCCCAGUACCUUAAUGCAAUUCAGACCAUGUGCCCCCACAUACUCCGCUACCUGACCACAGCUGUCAUCACCAACAAGGAUGUGAGAAAACGGCGACAGGUUCUCAAAGACCUGGUCAAAGUCAUCCAACAGGAGUCAUACACAUACAAGGAUCCCAUCACGGAGUUUGUGGAGUGUCUCUACGUUAACUUUGAUUUCGACAGCGCUCAGAGAAAACUACGGGAAUGUGAGUCGGUGCUGGUAAAUGACUUCUUCCUGGUUGCCUGCUUGGAGGACUUUAUUGAAAACGCUCGGUUGUUCAUCUUUGAGACGUUCUGCCGGAUCCAUCAGUGCAUCAGCAUCAGCAUGUUGGCAGAUAAGCUGAAUAUGACCCCUGAGGAGGCAGAGAGAUGGAUCGUAAACUUAAUCCGCAAUGCCAGACUGGAUGCCAAAAUCGACUCCAAACUGGGUCACGUGGUGAUGGGAAACAAUGCAGUAUCGCCAUAUCAGCAGGUGAUCGAGAAGACCAAGAGCCUGUCAUUCCGCAGUCAGAUGUUGGCCAUGAACAUUGAGAAAAAGAUCAGCCACAGCAACAGAAAUGAGACACCAAACUGGGCGGGUCAAGACACGGGAUUCUAUUAAGACUGGAAUCAAGUGAAACAGUGGAUCAUCUGUUAUUCUCCUCGAGCUCAUCUUAGUAUUUAACUAACUUUCUUUUAUCUAGCCAUGUUUUAUAAUAGGAUAAUUUUACAAAAGACUGUUGCAGACAUUUUAGCACUGCAGAGCUGUGGAGUUCUGAGAGGUUGCCAGGCAAGAUUUUAUGAACUUUUUUCAGUUCGGUGUAUUCUCGAAUUCAUUGUUUGAAUAUCAUAACACCAGAAUAAAAAAUGAGAAUGUGCUUCUGA